AUGGAGGAUCCCGUCAAGGACAUCGUCCCUCUUAUACACACAUUGACUCAAGCGAUACCUUCGAAACAAAAGGAAGCCGUGGAGAAUUACUUUACACCAAACGCGGCUUUCGCCCAUCCUUUUUGCAAAACCGGCUCCUGGGAAAUCGACCUCUUCGAUCUGAACUCAAGAUGGGCUACGCUCAUGAUCUACCAGUGGUAUAAGAUCCUAUCACCCCGGAUCGACUUGGAAGUACUCAGCGUUACCUUCAACGAAGACAAGCUCAUUUUGUACGCGGACAUACACCAACACUUCAGACUCUGGCUCGUACCUUUCUACGACGCGGACGUACGAUUCACGACGUGUCUACACCUUGCUGAAGGCGAUGAGACAGGUCCGGUAUCAGCCCUAACGAAGAGGUUUGAAAACCGGUACAGAAGAACAACUUCUUCGAAAUCAUCCUAUCAUGAUGUGCCAAAUGGAAUAAAUGGAGAGCCUGUGAAGCUGUACUACAUAACGUUGCAAGAAGAUUUGUAUCAGACCUCUGAGUGGAUCAAGUUUCUAGUGCCUUGGGGUGUUGGUGCUACCUUGGUUGCGACUUGGCAGUUUUAUGCCACUUUCUUCUGCAUCCUGGGUUCAAUAAUACUUUACCCAUUGACGAUGUGGAAGGAGAAGACUAGAGCCGAUGUGCCGAAGCAGAUCCUGCCUCCUCGGCGUUCCGUGGCAGACGAUCCCACGGACACGACAAUGAGCUUAGAGGAAGGAGUGUUGGAGAUCCACGGCGGAUGCAGCCUCAUCUAA